AUGACUACAAUGUUGUUAGCGAGGAUGCUCCAGGGUUUCACUUGGGAGGCACCGGAUAAUGCGCGGUCAAUUGAAUUGGUUGAAAAUCACGACGACAUUUGCUUAGCUAAACCGCUUUUGGCAAUUGCUAAGCCACGGUUGCUUGAGUGGAUAACUGGGCCUAUCAAAGUUAGUAAUGGGCUAGGCCCAAAUUGCUUAAUACAUGGGCUAGGGCCCAAUGAUACUACGGUUGCUGGUUACUUCAUACCUAAGGGUAGCCAUGUUAUACUGAGUCGAUAUGGAGUGGGAAGAAAUCCAAAUGUGUGGCCAGAUCCGUUGUUGUUUAAACCAGAUCGACAUCUGCAUGGGGAAGAAAAACAAGUGGUUCUUACGGAUAAUAACCUUAGGUUGAUCUCAUUUAGCACAGGGAAACGUGGUUGUCCUGGAAUGAUGCUAGGCACAAUCAUGACUACAAUGUUGUUAGCGAGGAUGCUCCAGGGUUUCACUUGGGAGGCACCGGAUAAUGCGCGGUCAAUUGAAUUGGUUGAAAAUCACGACGACAUUUGCUUAGCUAAACCGCUUUUGGCAAUUGCUAAGCCACGGUUGCUUGAGUGGAUGUACCCUACAUAUUGA